GGCGUGGUAGCCGUAGAAAUGGAAUGGCAGAACUUAUUGUAUAAUUUGAUUCUACACAAUCUAUGCCUGUAAAUACCUCGCAGAGAUGCUGCUCACGUAGGAAGCAUGCAGAGGCUGAAGGACCGGAGCCACCAGGCCAAGCUGGCCUGCCGGUUCGAGGACUUGUACCGCAACCGGGUCCUCACCGACGUCAUCCUGUUUACAAGUGACGGCAUGGAGCUCAAAGCUCAUUGGCUCAUUCUGGCAGCCUACUCAGAAAUAUUCAAACAACUUGCAAUCAGUCGAAAAACCAUGAAGAAUGACUGUGUUGGUACUGUUGUGAGACUAGAGUUCACAUCAGACAUUGUUGCCAUACUGUUGAAUUACUGCUACAAAGGUGAGUUGAUUAUUACCAUAGCAACCAAACCCCAGGUCCAGAAGGCAGCACAGCUCCUCUUGAUGAAUGACAUCCUCAAACUGCUGGAGUCCAAUGAACUGGAUGAACAGGCAACAGAUUACCUGAGAAAGGAUAAGACAGAAGUCACCUUUGCCCUUUCAGAAACAACGCCUACAGGGGAGAUUACUCUAGGUAGACAUCAGGAAUUCUCCAUGCCAGAAGGAAAUAUUGUCCCAAGAGAUGAUAUAGAAGGAAGGAGGGGAAUUAAGACAACUGGAAUUUGGCCAGAUUCUUUAAAAUCAACAACAUCUUUGUUGAAACAGUUUUCUGAGAUAGUUACUCUUCAAUCUGAAGCUGGAAAGUUGAAACCUCAGUCUGUUGCCCCAACAUCCUCAAGUGUACCUGCAAAAGAUAAUUCAAAAUACAUAUCACUCGAUUUGUCCAAUUUGGAAAAAUCAAAGUUGCGAAAAGAAAUUAUGAGAAGCGAGAAUCCAUUGCUAAAGAAACAGCCAACCAUCCCCGUCCGACGAGUGACAUACAAUAAGGUGAUUUGCCCACGAGAACGAAAGUCCAAAGACACUUGGAAACCUUCCUUGUCCAUAAAAAUAGCAAAGAAGGUAGCAGAGAAGGUGUUUAAUACCAGAAUCUUGAUGCACUGUUGCGUAACUUUAGACUCCUUGGACACUAAUGACAAACUGUUUCUGUGUCGCAAGUGUAACAAGAAGUUCUCUCGAUUCAGUUUAUGGAGACUCCAUUACACCAGUACCCAUCUGUCAGAACUUGUUAAGGGAACUACUUUGGAGGAACUACGAACAAACACCAGACAUCGUAAAAUGAAAAUGUUUGGAAAGAGAAAGCGAGAAAGGUACUUUGAUUGGGAAGUUUUGAAUCCUUUAGGAGAGGACAAUGAAGACUCUGUGUCCACUGAAGGCUUUCCUGCACGAGAGUAUGAUAUCGACAAUAACAUCCAGGUUACCUUUCAGCCUGCUGGAGUUGUUUCCAAUGUGUCAGGUGGCCAAAUUCAGCCUGCAGCACAAACUCUUCCAGGAAUAACCAUGACAACACCACCACCAGCUUCUGCAGUGACAGCAGCUAUUCCUUUAGGGCAGCCAACAGCACUGCCCGACCACACAAUAUCCUCCUACAUGGCCGCUCCUCAAUAUAGCACAAUACCACUCCCUCAGACCCAGUACUCGUCCACACCCCUCAUCACAGUGGCAGGACAGUCCGCAUUUCCUGAACAAAUGCAGCAGACGACAUUACAGCAAACAACAGUGCAGCAGACGACAGUGCAGCAGACGACAGUGCAGCAGAGUUCUCUUGGCCAGACCACAAUGCUGGGUGAAAACAAUUUACAAAUUGAAGUUCCUGUUCAAACUCAGGUACUUACACAAGCGCCUGCCCUGGCUGGCACAUCAACUUUGCCUCAAGUUCAAGCCCUCCCUGAUCCAAAUCUUGCUCCUGCUCCUAUUCCUGGCCCAUCUGAUACACCCAGUGCCUCCAUUGCUUCUGCUUCUUCGGUUACUCUUUCCCCCUCCAUUGCUCCGAACCAGACUCUGUCCACACAGUCUACAGCUAAACCGACUGACCAGACAUCGUCCCAGUGGUUGCCAUCACAUGAGAGUUGGAUGAGCUUUCUGCAGAGUGACUCUUUCACAGCCAGUGUGCUGGGGCCCCCACCCCCCCAGCCACAGAACACACAGUACAUCACUAUGGUGAAGUGUAGUGUGAAGGGCUGCAGCUUCGCAGGCUACAGCACGAGGGCGGUCAACAAGCACAUGCACGACACCCACCUCAACAUGGAGUGUUCCUACUGUAUGUUUGCCUGCAGCAACAAGGAGGAGCUGGAGAGACACAUCGCAGAACGCCAUGAGCGGAAGAAGGCUCGGCAGUAUUCGUGUUCGUCGUGUGGGAAGAAGUUCUCCAAGGCUAUCCACCACCGCACACAUGAGCAGUCUCACCAUGGCAUCAAUCAUAAUAUGAAGGAGUACAAGUGUGAGGUGGAGGGGUGUGAGUUCCGUACGCUGGCCAAACACAACUACUUCAAGCACAAGAUGACCCACCAGGAGAAGAUGUACUCCUGCCAGUACUGUGGCAUCAAGAUCAGGACCAUGGAUUACUUGCAGCGUCACAUCAACAAGCAGCACCUGAACAUCCGCCCCUUCCAGUGUGAGCACUGUGGGUCGGCCUUCGGGGACAUGCACGCCCUCAAGUCCCACAUCUCCGCCGUCCACGUCAAGAAGAAGGAGUUCAAGUGUGAGCACUGCUCCUACGCAGCAAACAUCCGAUACAAAGUAGCUACCCACAUGUAUCAAGUCCAUGGCAUCCGAGCCUCAUUUGACAAACGCAAGGAGAUCAAAUGUCCACACUGCAACUACACAGCCCUGGUGAAGUCUUGGAUGACCAAACACAUGGACCGACAUGCUACUACCAAAAACUACACGUGUGAGUUGUGCGGGAAGACUUUUGGGUCCCCUCGAAACCUUAACUCCCACACGCGGUGGGCACACAAGACUGCCAAGCACCAGUGCCCUCACUGUGAAUACAUUACCAAGACGCCAACCAGGCUGAAGAACCAUAUCAAAACUCAACACAUGUUCCGGGGCUACAAGCCGUAUACGUGUCCGUACUGUCCGUUUAAGUGCGCAACAGGCGGGAACUGUCGCAAACACGUGAUGCAGAAGCACCCUGGACAGACCGUGACGUAUAACCGGAACGAGGAGCUCAUCGCGUACAUGAAGGCUGCUGGGAGAACAACAGAGGAGGAUGAAUCCUUCACCCAGGUGGUUUCCUAAGCUGCUGAUGCUGCUGCAACCGAACACAUAACUGAAUAACCAGAAAUGCAAUCAUUUCUACAAGGUUAAAAAAUUCUUUCAAUUAACCUGGCUUGACCAGGGUACAGACUGGUUCUGUGUUCAGUGUCUGCUGCAUUGUCAAUACU